AUCUGCUUCUGCUCUGCUCGGAGCCGGGCGUCCCCGGCGGGCGGGCAGCCCUGAGCACCCUCCUGUCCCAGAGGGGUAUGCCGAAAUCUGGAAGAAAAUCAAGUAGGAGCUGCAUGUUUGUAACUGUGGGGAAGAAAAUGCGAAGUUGCCUGGUAAAAAAACUGCGCCUUGGCUUGUACUUGGGUCAGUCCAAGAUCGUGUUUUUGCAGCACCAGGAAUUAAACCUUCUUCAUACCCGUAUCAGUGAGCGGUUUUAUGCGAUCAAAUGCAAUUUAUGUGAAGAAGAGCUCGAGGAUCAGGUCCUGAUGAUACUGGAUACAAACCAACUCCUAAACAGUCUCAGUCUUCAUUGUCAGUGUUAUCACCUCAUGGCACUUUCAAUGGCUGGCUUAAAGCCACAGCUCUGAGAGGGAUAAUAAUCAGUCACAACUGCUUCUCAAAAAGCCCCCCCCAAAACCUACCAAAACACUGAUAGUGCCUAUGGUUCCAUAGAAAAUCUUGGAAGCAUGGCCUCAUUGUACACCUCAGCCAUCCAACUGCAAAAGGUCUUUACUACUGUGCUGACUCACCCAAAAUGUCCAUAGAAGAAUAAUGGAAGCCCCUGAAUACCUUGAUUUGGAUGAAAUAGAUUUUAGUGAUGAUAUAUCGUAUUCUGUAACUUCUCUCAAGACCAUCCCAGAAUUAUGUAGAAGGUGUGAUUCACAAAACGAAGACAGAUCAGUUUCCAGCAGCAGCUGGAACUGUGGAGUCUCAACUCUUAUCGGAAAUGCACAGAAACCAACAGGAAUUGCAGAUGUGUGCAAUAAAUUCAGACCAGUGAAGAGGGUUUCCCCAUUAAAGCACCAGCCAGAAAGCUCUGAGAACAAUGAAAGUGAUGACCAGAAGAAUCAAAAAGGAGAGAACCAGAAAGGCAGCGAUUCUCAAUCUGCGCCUCCAAAUGAUGACAAGAGUCCCGGAGAAGGAGAGAGUCUUAAAAGCAAAAACAUCGAGCCAACUGUUCUGCUUGGGGAGCUGGAGCACUAUGACCUGGAUAUGGAUGAAAUUUUGGAUGUGCCUUAUAUUAAAUCAAGCCAGCAACUUGUUCCUUUUACAAAGGUAGCUCCUGAGAAAAAACUUUUGGGUGUAUGUUCAACAGUGAAUGGUCUUAGUGGCAAGACCUGCUCUGCAGGGAGCACAGAGAACUCGCCUGCCGGAGGGACACAGUUCUGUGUGCUGUCUCCUGUGAAAGGCUCUCAGCUGAGAAAAACGCAGCCCAUUGUCCUUGAUCAGCACAAGCAUUUAACAGAAGAAUUAGAGCUUUCCCAGCCUUUAGUUAAGUGUAGCUCAGUCCAUGAAUCUGAAGCCCAGGGCAAGGGCUUCCUCAGCAGGACAUUUGUUGAUCCUCAUGCUCACAAAACAGAGAAGACUAUGCCAAACUGCCACCUAAGGACUUUCCACCUGCAGACGGCAGUGGCAGAAAGCAAGCAGCUAGAGGAACUGAGUAUGAACUGGAGCAGUGCAGGGGGCCCAGAAGAGAGAAGCGAAGAGGUGAAAAAAAUUAAGAGCAUCUUAAACAUUGUAAAGGAAGGCCAAAUAUCUUUACUGCCACAUUUAGCAGCAGAUAAUCUGGAUAAGAUCCAUGAUGAAUGUGACAACAAUCUGUUGCAUGUAGCAGCAUCAAAGGGACAUGCAGAAUGCCUGCAGCAUCUCACUUCUUUGAUGGGUGAAGACUGUCUGAAUGAACGAAACAUUGAGCAGCUAACUCCAGCCGGAUUAGCAAUAAAGAACGGUCAGCUGGAGUGUGUUCGAUGGAUGGUGAGCGAAACAGAAGCUAUUGCAGAAUUAAGUUGCUCAAAAGACCACCCAAGCCUUAUUCAUUAUGCAGGUUGCUAUGGCCAGGAGAAAAUCCUUCUGUGGCUUCUUCAGUUUAUGCAAGAACAAGGGAUUUCACUGGAUGAAGUUGACCAGGAUGGAAAUACUGCUGUUCACAUAGCUGCUCAACAUGGCUAUCUAGGAUGCAUACAGACAUUGGUUGAAUAUGGAGCAAAUGUCACCAUGCAAAACCACGUGGGAGAGAAACCCUCACAAAGUGCUGAGCGACAUGGGCACACCAUGUGUUCCCGCUACUUAGUAGUUGUGGAGACAUGUAUGUCAUUGGCCUCGCAGGUUGUCAAGCUAACAAAGCAGCUGAAGGAGCAGACAGUGGAACGUGUGACGUUACAGAGCCAGCUCCAGCAGCUUUUAGAAGCCCAGCGGUCAGAGGGCAAGUCACUGCCCACAUCCCCAGGCUUGCCAUCAUCUCCUGCUUCUGGCAAACCUCAAUGGAAACCAUCUGAAGCAGAUGAAUUGUCUCUACCAAAAAGUAAAUUGAACACCCAAGAUGGGAUUCAGAUUCUUGGCAGCUUGGGAACUUCUAGUCGCUCUCGAGCCAAGAUAAAAGAUGAAGACUCAGAUAAAAUCUUGCGCCAGUUGUUGGGGAAGGAAAUCUCUGAAAAUGUCUGUAUGCAGGAAAAGCUGACUUUGGAAUUUCAGGAUGCUCAUGCAUCCUCCAAGAACGUGAAGAAGAUUUUGCCAGAGAAAAGGGAGCUGAAGUUAGCCAGACUGAGGCAACUGAUGCAGAGGUCACUCAGCGAGUCUGACACAGACUCAGCUAAUUCUGAGGACCACAAGAACACCCCUGUGAAAAGAACUGACAAACCAAGGCCUCAGCCCAUAGUGGAGAGUGUUGAGAGCACAGAGAGUUUGCACCUGAUGAUUAAGAAACACACUUCUGCAGCAGGACGCCGCUUCCCUUUUGGUAUCAGGGUCUCUAAGUCUGUGGACGGCCACAGUCCUUCCCCUACUUCAGAGAGCAGCGAUCUGGAUAAUGAAGCCCAGUAUCAGCCUGGUGCUGUACCUCAGAGCCAGUUUUGUGGAGACAACUCUCCAUCCAGCACGGACAGUGCCGCUGCUCAAAAGGUUGCCACCAGCCCUAAGAGUGCUCUCAAGUCUCCAUCUUCAAAGCGCAGAACCUCCCAAAAUUUGAAACUCCGAGUAACUUUUGAGGAGCCUGUGGUGCAGGUGGAGCUAGCAGAGUCAGAACUAAGCGAGGAAAAGGAUAAAGACCGGGGCAAAGGACUGGUGCGGUCUCCACCUGGCUCUGGGGAGCCAGCGGGGGACCAGCUGAAAAGGCCUUUUGGAACCUUUCGGUCCAUAAUGGAGACACUGAGUGGCAACCAAAAUAACAACAACAACAACUGUCAAACAGCAAACCUGAUCAAAACCUCAUCGACACUGCCCUUUACUUCAUUAGGAAGGAAGACAGCAGACAGCAAGGGAAAUCCAGCAGCUCUCACAAAAGGAAGAAACAAGCCAGCUCCUUACUGCAGCUACACCAGUCUUUCCUCUAGCACGUUGAAUGAAGAACUUCUGUGUAACAAUGCUUGGCAUGAUGACAUCAAUAGGAAAAGCUGGAAAUCCGACAGUCAAAAGAGUACUAAAGAGCCAGAGCUGCAGGAAUUCUUCCUCUAAACCACAUCUUAUGAUGUCUCACUUUGUUUGAAAUACCUGAAAUAUAUCCUUUUGAAACACUAAUAUGAGACAUACCCCUCACCAGCAAAACAGCAGCUGUUAGGAUGCCUUAAUUUGUAGCGGUUAGACCAUAUACAAAACUUUUUUAUGAUAUGUAUGUAUAUGUAACUUGUUUGUAAGCUGUGCUGUGUAAAGGCAUGGGUGAGCAAAAGUAACAAUUUGAAAAUCGUUCUGACACAGGCAACCUCCAAAAUGUUUGUUGGGCCACAGAACACAUUUUGUACUUUGUGUCUUGCAUGGAUAUAUCUUUAUUUCCCUUUGUCAAUGGCAUAUACUGUCAAAGUUUCAGUCAGGACUCUGCCUGCUCAGCUCCUUAGUGAGACCAAGGCAAAAGCAUUGAUUUUUUUUUGAGUAUGUGUCUGUGUUAUUUCUAUUUUUUGUAAAAAGGAAAUAAAGACAGUGUUAAUAGGA